UAUGUUUUCUUCCAACUGUGCUCUAUAUUCAGUCAGGCCAUUGUUAAAAUUCGCUGGGAAAGGGAGCAGACCAGACCUUGAAAGAGCAGGGGAAACUUGAAAAGAGACUGUUUACUGUGACAUUAAAAGAUAGGAUGGCUGCUGUAAACCUUUCAUCUCAUCUGCGGAUUUAAGAGUGCAGUUUCCUAUGACUGGGUGGACCUACAUUUGUUUCAGCAUGUACAGUAGACGGCUGCCGGCACUGCAAUGAGCUUUACUGAGAAGUCACGGAAGGCUUGGAUAGAGGAAACCUUCUUCAAGAGAGAGUGUGUGAAGUUUAUUCCUUCCUCUCGGGACAUACACAGAUGUAUUCCAGUAUGUCAAGUAUGCCAAAGCUUGAUCAGAUGUUGUUGUGGCCGCCUGAUAGGGGAGCACUCAUGGGGAGAGACCCUUUGUCCCAUAUCCCUCCUCCCUGUUCCUGGACAGGACUUGGAAGAAGAGUGGUCCAUAGAGCUCCACACCAAAGCCAGUCCCACAAACGCCUAUGGGACUGUAGACUUUCAGGACACUGCCACACGCGUCUGCCGAGCCAAGUAUGCCCGUGUGGCUGUGGAUUCAAAGCCAGAGAUGCUGCUCCAACUGAUGCUGAAGGAGUGGCAGAUGGAGAGACCCAAACUACUACUGAUCGUCAAGGGAGGCUCAGAAAACUUCAGCCUGCCCCCGAAAGUAAAGCAGGCCUUCAGCAAAGGUCUGAUGACUGCUGCUCUGAGCACAGGGGCAUGGAUACUCACUGAUGGCAUUAAUACCGGUGUGUCAAAGUAUGUGGGCGAGGCAGUGCAAGCAUUUGGAGGUCACGACCUGAGGAAGAGAAACACAAUUGGCAUCACACCAUGGGGAGUGGUUGAGAACAACACUGACCUUAUCGGCAGAGAUGUUUUCAGACCUUACCAACCGAUGGGGAACCCCUUGAGUAAGAGGGCCGGUCUGAACCGUUUCCACUCCCACUUUCUGUUUGUGGAUGAUGGAACUCUGGGAAAACAUGGCUGCCAGCAAGGCCUCAGGAGGAAGCUGGAGAAACACAUCCGACAGCAGAAGAUACACCCUCGACUGAACCAAGGAGUGCCUGUGGUGUGUGUGGUGGUGGAGGGAGGGCCUACCAUUGUGUCCACAGUGUUGGACUAUGUAAGCAAUGUGCCGCCUGUUCCAGUGUUUGUGUUUGAGGGAUCGGGCAAGGCUGCUGACCUGCUUGCCUUCUUACACAAGCAGACGUCUGUUGACAGACAGUUGGAUGCUGACAUUAAAGAAGACUUUCUUGUCCGGAUUGGAGAUGUCUUUGGCGUGGAGGGAGCAGACGCCUCUCAGCUCUUCGAUCUGCUCCUGCGAUGUAUGGACCACAGGCAGUCUAUAACCAUCUUUGACUCAGAGUCAGAAGACCACAUAACACCGGAUGCAGCAAUUUUGACAGCUACUCUCAAGGGAACAAAGGUCAGUCCUGCAGAGCAGCUGAGUAUGGCCCUAGCCUGGGAUCGGGCUGACAUUGCACAGAAAGAUGUCCUUGUGUACAGACAGCAUUGGCAGGUGGGUUCCUUGGAGCAGGCCAUGCUGGAUGCUCUGGUGAUGGACCGGGUCAGUUUUGUCAAACUGCUGAUUGACAACAGCAUGACCAUGAAACGCUUCCUGACUGUAGAUCGCCUGGAGGAGCUCUACAACACGCCUCAAGGGCAAACAGACCGUUUCCUCCACCACCUUGUAGAAGAUGCAAAACAGACUUCCCUUCCCAUAGGUCACCGUCUUUCUCUCAUUGACAUGGGCCUGGUGAUAGAGUACCUGAUAGGAGGAGCGUAUUGCAGUACCUACACAAGAAAACACUUCAGAGCCGCCUACAGCCGCCUGCAAGACAAAGAGCAAGACAUGUCACCUGAGGGCAGUCAAGAGAUUACAAUGAACCCUGACCUUGGUGACUCUCCACUUCUGGUGCCCUUCAACUUCAACGACCUGUUUGUGUGGGCUGUUCUUCAGCAGCGCCAGCAGAUGGCACUGUUCCUUUGGCAGCAUGGAGAGGAGGCGCUUGCACGGGCCACAGUGGCCUGUAAGCUGUACCGCUCCAUGGCCUUUGAGGCCCGGCAGAGCACCAUGGACGACAACAUAGCAGAGAGAUUGAAGACAUACUCACUGGAGUUUGGUCAGCUGGCGGUUGAUGUGUUGGACUGCGCGUUUCGUCAGAAUGAGCAGAUGGCCAUGAAGCUGUUGACUUCAGAGAUGGAGGCAUGGAGCCACUUCACCUGUCUGCAGAUGGCUGUCUCCUCGUGUCACAGACCAUUCGUGUCACACUCGUGCACACAGACCCUCCUCACAGAUCUUUGGACGGGUUCACUCAACAUGAGGAAGAACUCCUGUUUGAAGAUCAUUUUGAGUCUUCUUCUGCCCCCGGUCAUCUUGUUACUGGAGUUUAAAAGCGAAGCUGAAAUGUGCCACGUACCGCAAUCUCAGGAGGCAAUGCUGUUUGGACUUGACUCUGUGAAAACAGAACCAGCCCAUGAAGGAAGUGAUCACACGGUCGGUCAGGAUGCAGAGCGAGGCCCGUCUCCUCAUGGCAGGCUUCUCGGUCCUGUGUUAGAAACGUUUACCUCUGUGACCAUGCAGUGUCUGUCCUUGAUUAAUUCAGCCUUUGAUUUCUACACAGCUCCUGUUGUCAAGUUCUGGUUUCACACAAUCUUCUACUUGGCCUUUUUGAUAUUGUUCUCCUAUGUUAUUCUGGUGAAGAUGGGGGAGCGACCCAGCAUUCAGGAGUGGCUUGUAAUAGUCUACAUCCUGUCCACUGCAGUGGAGAAAACCAGAGAGGUGCUAAUGUCUGAGCCGAGGAAGCUGAGCCAGAAGCUGAAGAUCUGGUUCUCAGAGUACUGGAACAUAUCCGAUUUCAUAGCCAUCCUCCUCUUUCUCGUCGGACUGGGGAUGCGUUUACUUGCUGAACCGUACCGGACAGCAGGUCGCAUCAGUUACUGUAUGGACAUCAUCUUCUGGUUUGUCAGGUUGAUGGAUCUGCUGGCAGUCAAUAAGCACGCCGGCCCGUAUCUCACCAUGAUCACUAAGAUGACCAGUAACAUGUUCUUCAUCGUGGUGAUGAUGGCGAUUGUGCUGCUGAGCUUCGGGGUGUCCAGGAAGGCCAUCCUGUCUCCAGAGGAGGAGCCGUCCUGGAGCUUAGCCAGGGACGUAGUCUUCCAGCCCUACUGGAUGAUUUAUGGAGAGGUCUACGCAGGAGAGAUGGUUGAAUGUGACGACGGCCGUCCGUGUUCUCUUGCCCCCUUACUCAUUGCACUCCUCCAGGCUGUCUACAUGUUCUUCCAGUACAUCAUCAUGGUCAACAUUCUCAUUGCAUUUUUUAACAACAUCUACUUUGACAUGGCUUCAAUAUCCAGUAAGCUGUGGAAGUACAACCGUUAUCGCUACAUCAUGACCUAUCAGGAGAGGCCAUGGCUGCCUCCGCCCCUCAUCCUCCUCAGUCACAUGGACCUUGGUUUGAGAGCCAUCUACAGGAGAUGCAGAGGGAACGCUGAGCAGGAGGAGAGAGGCCAUGGACUUAAGCUUCUCCAGGGCCACGAGGGUCGUAAGAAGCUUCAUGAGUUUGAGGAGAAAUGUGUUCAGGCCUACUUCCAUGAGAAGAGCGAUGAUCUUCACAGCAGUCAGAUUACCAGGAUCAGGGCCACUGCUGAGAGGGCAGAGGAGAUGUGCAUGACCAUUGGGGAGGUCUCUGAGAAGGUCAACUUUGUUCAGGACAGUCUCUCUGAGUUGGACUCUCAGCUGGGUCAACUCCAGGACCUGUCUGUGCUGGCUGUGGACACCCUCACCCUGCUGUCUGCGUCCAACAGCCUGCAUCACGAGGGUGCACGCCUGGCUCAGUGUGGAACUGUCAUUGCAUCCCAGCACAUCCCCCCUCACAGCUGGAGCCUCCCAUACAGGAAUGGGGCAGAAAGUGGUGUCCUUAAUCUGCGUGGAGCGAUGGCCAAGUCAUGUAAAAGUAGCCCACCGUCUUUACUGAAGGGUGUCACUCUUGCAGGGAGCAGACUGGCAUCACUUGAGGGUCGUGUCGGAGUCAGAGUGAGCAGGGGAGGUAAACAAGGACACACUGUGGAGGGAGAGGAAGGAGCAAAGGAGGAUGCUGCUGUUGAACAUCCCGGUGAGAAUUGGCCUGAGGGCUCUAAACCUGCAUCCCAUACCUCUCUCUCUCACUUUUACGGAGGGGGAGUUCAUCCUGGUGGUUUCAGGGGUCAGUCUCCCUGUGAGUCCUGUGGACCUUCCCACUGUGGGUCUCCUUUUUCUUCCAGAGGCUUGGAGUCACCGCAUCAUAAACUCUUGACAUGUGACCCACACCUGUAUCCAAAUCAGGAGGAAACUUCUGUGGAAGAGGAGGACGAAGAACGAGAGGAAGAGCAAGAGGAGGAGAGGAGACAGCUGUCCGGUAUAGAAGUAUCCAGAGCCUCAAGCAAAGCCCUCCUGUUGUCUGACCCUCAGGACAUCUCUGAGGGUUUGGUAAAUCCUGCAUUUUCUCAGAAUGAUAUCAUACCAGGUUCUCGGUCAAGACCCAUCAAGUCCCCCAGGCAGGCCGGUCUGUCCAGAGACCGUCCUUACGACUACUGCAGGUCCCUGUCUUCCAGUGUGGAGAAUAUGGCUUUCUCUGGGGUUCCACGCAGUCAAAUGAGGGGAUCAGUUUCCUCUCUUAAUGAACCAAUGAACAGAGAGAGUUUAUCUGGUGGGAGGACUUUUAGGGACGACACUUUGCUACGAUGCAGCAGGAGCAGAGAGUGGUCCAAAUCCUCAGACUUAACUCAUAUCAGCUGCAGAGACAAAAUCCAGAACAGGAAGACGGUGAAGAUUCAAGAGAGCGGUCCUGAUGAUGGAACCUUGCAGUCCCACCUGCCUGACGCCUGCUGGAGAAGGUACAAGAGACUGAGAGGAGAACGUACAUGUUGGUCGGCUUCAACCAGCCUCAGUCUGCCCAACUUUGAACCAUUGGAUCAGUUGCAGAAGCAAGUGUUUUCCCAUCAGGAUGUGUGGAGCCCCACUCAUUCAGCAUGGAACAGGUUGGCCAAAUCAGUGAGCAGUAGGUCCUCUUUACAGAGUGGUGUUCCACCUGAAGUAAAGAGCUCUUCAUUCCAGUCCACAGACAAUUUGUAUCCUCACUAUUCAGCUAUGGAGAAAAACAAUCUGAUGAGACUGGCUCACACCAUUCCCUUCACUCCUGUUUCCAUUUUGGGAGGUGAAGAGGUGAGCAUUUACUCUCUGGAAGAAGUGCCCUCCGACUCCAACACUGAAACUAGCACAGCCUCAUCCUGGUCCUCACAGGGCCUGUCUGCUUUACUGCAGCCCCUCUCCAGUGAAGAGAGCUCUUUGGAUGGGGGUCUGAGGCUGGGUUGCAGGGUGUUGUGUACCUGGGCAGAGCAGGAUGUACUCAGACCUGGUCUUAUAUACAUGGUCAAAGCCUUCAGGCCAGAGGUGAUUCGUGCCUGGAAGAGGUACUUCCAUGGUAGCACCGAACUGCAGCUUUGUUUAAGGGAGAUCCAGCAGCAGAAAGCAGCCCAGACGUUGAUGCAAGUAUUCAACCAAGUUAAACCUGACGAUAUGCCCCACUGUCCAAGGUUUCUAGAUGUUUCCCUGGUCCUUUGGCAUUCAAAUGGCCAGUGGCUAACUAUUGAGAGGAACAUGUCCGGAGACUUCAGGAAGUACAACAACAAUACAGGAGAAGAGAUCGCCCCCUGCUGCCCACUGGAAGAAAUGCUGCUAACUUUCUCCCACUGGACUUACGAGUACUCAUUCAGAGAGCUUCUGGUGCUAGACAUACAAGGAGUUGGAGAGGUGCUGACGGAUCCAACAGUCAUCAUGGCGGACGACCAAAGUGGUAGCAGGGGAGAGAUGCUUUUUGGUCCUGAUAACCUUGGAGUUGCUGCCAUCAAUGGAUUCCUGCAGAAACACUCUUGUGGUGCCUGCUGCCGCAGACUGGGCCUAUCAGAUUUAAGGAAGCGUUCGGACAGCUGCGGGGCAGAGCUGACAUCGGGGAUAGAAGAAUGAGAUGACGAUGAAACCAGGAUGUAACCUUUGACCCAGGGAGUAGGAGAAAAGGACACAUGCACUUAUACAUGCACAUGCAUAGAUACAUGUCUGUCUUAACACACACACACACACACACACACACACUGACAUAUGUUCUCACAAAAUACUUCCAUUGUGGGUUGUCGGGAUUUCUUUGCAGGGGAAAAAGGUAGAUAGAAAAGUGAUACCUGAACAUGCACAGUCUGUGACUGGGCACAGAAGAUUUCAUUGUGUUUUUUUUUUUGACUUGGGAUGUUAAUAUAUAUUCUCUCAGGGAGAAAAGUAAUUUAUUUCCAGAGAAAGGGAGUCUUGCAUAUGUUUUAGUAUAUCAUACAUUUUAUAUUCUAAAGUUUUAUUAUCAUUCCUGCUUUUACAGGACCACGCAUUCACAAACAUCAUCUGUUUUUCCACUUUCCACUCUUUUUGUAAGUAUUUUUGAUAUUGAGACACAGAUAACAACUUAUAUCUGCAUACACUUGUUCUUUAUGGAUUAUUGUACCAAAGAUCAUAUUUUUUAGGUGUGGUAAAAUGAAAAUGUGUAAAUGUGAGACAAAAGAAACAGACAGAAAUGACCCAUAAAAUUUCAUUUAUUUUUUUUUCUCCCCACAACAAAAUGUCUACAAAAGCGAUAAAAUAUAGAAUUUAACAAAAAUCACUUCAGACCUUCACAUUGUAUGUACAUCUCAAAGGAGGACUCCGUAAGGGCCCUGCAUUGCUCUGAACUUCAACCCUCUCUGAUCCAUCAUGUGUUGGGUGUUACUCUCUCUCUUUAAUGCAAAUGGAUGCUUGCACACACAUACGCACGCACCCACACUCAUUCUCAUGUGAAAAUAAAACAAAACUGCAGAGCUCCUGAAUUUAUAGUGGAGUCAGAGUUCAGAGUCCAGCAGAGUCCUCUCUUACCAACAAAAAGCAUAAAAUGUAAAAACGGUUUGUCUGAGUAAUUAAAUACAUGUUCCUUGGA